CUACAGUCCUUGAAGCGACAGGCCGUCGCUGCGGCUUGCGACAACUGUCGGGUCAAGAAAGUCAAGUGCAAUGGUGCUCGACCAUGCUCAUACUGUCUCCGCCGGGAUAUCGAGUGCAUCUUUGAGACCACUGUCCCGAGUGAGACUCCUCAGCAAGCACGGAAGAGGCGAUUCGACGAAACCACAGUCCGGAACUCGAAUUUCCAGCAGCUGUGGGAUCUGCUCGCCGGCGACAAUGAGGCCCGAGCAGUGGCCAUCUUUCGACGCAUCCGACGGGGCGAGAAUCUGGAAUCGCUCGUCGACCACUUGCAGCACGGAGGCGCGCCAUCCUCACCGCUCCUCUCGGCAGGCCAGCGUCUGCAAUUCAAGUUCAUCUCCUGCCUCAUCGAAUCCACUGCCACAUUGCUGCAAGUCGAGGGAACAGCCUCUGCCUUCCUGGCGAAUACCGUCAUCAAUAUUCCUUCUUACGAUGCAUAUACCCCCUUCCGAGACCGAAUCGUCCAGCUCGACGACCUGGGUGAUCUGUUGACUGCUGCGAACCGACCAGCUGCCAUCCACGCCAACUCUCACCACUCGCCCAUCAUUUCACGAUCUGCCCGUGGACCACUGUACUGGGUGCCCGCUAGCCCCUGGCUCCCGGGCACCAGCGACCAGGAAGCCUCGCACCUCAUCUCGCUUUUUCUCUGUUUCCUCAAUCAUACAUGGCGAUUCGUGGAGACUGAUCUCUUCCUGAGAGACAUGCGUAGUGGGAAUCUCGCAUCGCAAUACUGCUCACCGCUAUUGGUCCAUGCCAUGAUGGCCUUGGCAUCCCUGAAUUCGGACCUGAGCGAAGAACACUUCCAACCUGGACACUCCUUUGAGAAGGGAAUGCGCUACCACGACGAAGCUGUAAGGCUCUCGACCGCAGCAAUGUCGGAGCCGAGCAUUACCAAUAUACAAGGACUUGCCAUCCUGGCGCUGGAAUGCCUCCUCCGCGGCAACGACUUGCAAGGAGAAAUCCACCUAAGUGCAGCUUCGACUCUGAACCGAUGGCUUCCACUGCCUGUUCGGAGUGCCGAUAUGACGGAGCAGGAGUCCGAGUACUAUGUUGCUCGAGCCUGUGUGUGGUGGAUGGCCGUGCAUGUC